AUGAGCAGAGGCGGUCAUUCAUCGAGGGAUUCAACCCAAGCAAUCCAGACAUCUAGCAAAGCAACAGCUCAUGAAACCUCGCAUAGACCCCGUAGUAAAAUCGGUCGGUUUCUGAAGAAGCUCAAGGAAGAUGCGAAAAAGUUAAGGAGGCGCUCGAAGGAUUCCCGCAGCCAUAGUCCUGCUCCCCCAAAUGCCUGUCGUGAGGAAAGUGCUUCAUCGACCCCGAAUAUCGAGGCUCAGGCUGCUCCGUCUGAUACAGGAGUGGAGGCUGAUGUCCCAUCAGCACUUCGGGAUGCACAAGGUGCUACGGAGCAAAUGCAUUCACCUUCGGGACGUGCGAUAACUGCUGCAUCUGCUGGCAAGAAUGCACAAGAGGAUCUCCAUAUCGCAGACAAGUUGGAGGACACAUAUCUCCAACCACUCAGGAUAUUCGAUGCUGUUGUCGGAAAGAUCUCGGAUUUACAUCCAUAUGCAAAGAUGGCGCUGGGCGUGUUGUCUUGUGCAGCUAAACAAUCAUUCGCGCAGAUUAUUCUAGCUCAAACAGACCGCGACGCAGCGGUACUCAAACUUCUCAAGAAGUUGUGUCAAGUUUACGGCUUUAUAACACAAGAUCAGAUGCUUGGCCAAAUCUCGUCGAUGCGCAUUAUCCUCGGACAGAUCUCUCAGCAGACCCUUGAAUGUGCUCAAUUUAUCAAAAAAUAUUCGGAGACCAUUAACUUUUGUGAGUCUUAA